CGUAUUUUCUGCGAGAGAGGCGACCUCACGCGUUUAAAGGGCCAAGGCAGUAAUUUUGGUCGUGACAGACGAGGCAGUGAUUCUCUGCUCUCCUCUACACUGCACUCACAUCAGCACGGCCAUCAUUCCGGCUUGUUCCGCUCAAGGGUAGGAGAGAGGAACUAAGGAAGGUUGGACAGAGCCAAGCCGCCUCGCCAACGGGAGUCGCCAGAUUAUAAUCUGAGCUGAGCCUGGGGGACAAAACCAAGUACCAUAACAAUUCAGCCAAAAAACUGAUGAGAACAUGAAGACCUUACUUCUCCUUAGUAUUAUUAUUAUUAGUCUGUUUAUCCAUCAUUCCCUUACACAAAGUGAUUCUGAGCUAAUAGUAACUACUAGGUUAGGUCGUGUCCAGGGUAUACGCUUGCCUGUCCCAGAUCGUAGCCAUGUUGUUUCCUUUCUCGGUAUUCCGUUUGCAGAACCUCCUGUAGGAAAAAAACGUUUUAAGCCAGCUGAACCCAAAAAGCCAUGGAAUGAUGUAUUUGAAGCCACAGAUUAUCCCAAUGCUUGCUAUCAAUACGUGGACACUUCAUUUCCUGGCUUUCCAGGCAGUGAAAUGUGGAACCCCAACAGGAUGAUGAGUGAGGAUUGCUUAUACCUAAAUGUCUGGGUUCCUGCUUCCCCUCGUCCACACAACCUCACUGUUAUGGUGUGGAUAUAUGGUGGUGGUUUCUACAGUGGUUCCUCUUCUUUAGAUGUUUACGAUGGUCGGUACCUGGCACAUUCUGAGAAGGUGGUGGUGGUCUCCAUGAACUAUCGUGUGGGUGCAUUUGGCUUCCUUGCCCUUAAUGGCUCAUCUGAAGCUCCUGGAAAUGUGGGACUGUUAGACCAGAGAAUGGCACUACAAUGGGUUCAGGACAAUAUUCAAUUUUUUGGAGGUAAUCCUAAACAAGUGACCAUUUUUGGGGAGAGUGCAGGUGGAGCCGCAGUUGGCAUGCAUCUUCUGUCUCCGGACAGUCGGCCCAAAUUCACUCGUGCCAUUAUGCAAAGUGGUGUGCCUAAUUGCCCUUGGGCUACAGUCAGCUUUGAAGAGGCUCGAAGGAGGGCAAACAAGCUGGCCAGAUUAGUUGGCUGUCCCUAUGAUGAUGACACUGAGCUAAUUGAAUGCCUGAGAAAUAAGCAACCACAGGAGGUUAUUGACCAGGAGUUCUCGGUACUUCCAUAUAGCAGCCUUUUCCGCUUUCCGUUUGUGCCCGUGGUUGAUGGGGUGGUGCUCCCUGAUACCCCUGAUGCCUUGUUGAGCUCAGGAAACUUCAAAGAUACUCAAAUUCUUUUGGGUGUAAACCAGGAUGAGGGGUCAUAUUUCUUGAUCUAUGGUGCACCAGGUUUCAGCAAGGACAAUGAUAGUCUGAUCUCAAGGGAGGACUUUCUACAAGGUGUUAGGAUGAGUGUUCCUCACGCCAAUGAAAUUGGAUUGGAGGCAGUUAUCCUUCAAUAUACUGACUGGAUGGAUGAAGACAACCCUGUGAAAAAUCGUGAGGCAAUGGACGACAUUGUGGGAGACCAUAAUGUAAUCUGCCCUCUGCAGCAUUUUGCAAGAUCAUAUGCUCAAUACAGUUCUAACCUUGCCCAGACAAGUCAAGGAAACUUUGGUUGGGCCAAUUCAGGCCCUGCAGGCAACAGUGGCAAUUCACAAGUUGCUGUAUACCUCUACCUCUUUGACCAUCGAGCAUCUAACCUGGCCUGGCCCGAGUGGAUGGGUGUGAUCCAUGGCUAUGAAAUUGAAUUUGUGUUUGGCCUGCCUUUGGAGAAGAGGCUUAACUACACUGUAGAAGAGGAGAAACUGAGUCGACGUAUGAUGAGAUACUGGGCUAAUUUUGCUCGUACUGGUAAUCCCAACAUCAAUGUUGACGGAUCCAUAGAGAGCCGACGACGAUGGCCUCUCUUUACGUCAACAGAACAGAAGCAUGUGGGCCUAAAUACAGAUGCAAUGAAAGUGCACAAAGGGCUGAAAACACAGCUAUGUGCCCUGUGGAACCAGUUUCUGCCUCGCCUACUUAACAUUACUGACAACAUUGAUGAUGCCGAGCGGCAAUGGAAGGCAGAGUUCCACCGCUGGAGCUCCUACAUGAUGCACUGGAAGAGCCAGUUUGACCAUUACAGCAAGCAGGAGCGUUGUACAGAACUGUAGACAGAUCUACAGAGAUUGUAAAACAGAGAGAAUGCAAGAAAAUAAAAUUUAGAGAAUAGUGAUGACCAUAAUACUCCAUAGUCUCAGGAGCUCUCUGAUAGAAUGUCAGUCGUUCACUGAGCCACUUUAUUAGGCUGCCCUGUAUUGAAUGGUUACUCUGGGUAGGUAGAAGCUUUAAUUUGAGAAGGGUACAGUUAUAUACACUCUGUAGAGUAUCAUUUGACACCUGUAUAUUGUUCAGUAUUGUAUUUAUUUUGCAUUUAAAUCUUAUUAAAUGCAUGUCCCUGUAUGUUAACUGCAGGAAGAGAUUAUUAAGUACAUAAACGGUCAUCACUGAAGAUGUAUGAGAGGAAAAUGCUAAAGUUGUGAUAUUACCUCUGAUAAUUGUGUCUUUGUGUGUCAGUAAAACUGAUGCUUAGAAGCCCUUGUUCACUGUUGUCCUCAGGAUCCUACAUUUCCCUUUUGUACUUAUGAGUUUGAUUUGCUUAUUCUAUAACUGCUGCUUGACCACGUGUGCAUUUGUGUAUGCUCCACUUUUAUCAUGCCAGUUCUUUCCAGUUUUACUUUUGUGUGGCCUAUGGUUAUGUGCAGUUGUCUGCUGUCUUUUUGUGGGUCCAGAUUAAUUUCUCCAUAUUACAUGUAAAGGAAACACGAGCCAUUUCAGUCCUUGCUCCAUGUGCUGGCUCAAUACUGCACUGAUGUGUUACAGUAGUUCUGGCUUCCAGAAAUAUGUGUAUGCUAUUACUGUGUAUAAUACUGAUAUGUAAAGCAUUUUCAUAUUGUUUGAUACUCCUAUCGCAUGCAUACUGGUGCUCAGAGCAUGUUUCAUCUAUAUUUAAGUGUGUUUGUAAGGGUGUGCAAGCUUAAAAGUGACUUUAUAAGUGUAUAUCCAAAUUGAGCGCCUCCAAGGAUCAGUAUCCUUUAUAUCCUACCUAUAUAUGUAGCACACCACUUGUAAAAGUCACCUCCACUCUCAUUAUAUUAGCCCAGGCACUUUGUGUAUGUGUGCAAGUUCCAAAGGAAGUGAUCUAUAACUACUGCGUCAUGCCUGUGUGCCAAAGAGUCAAUAACUUUUUUUUCCACUACUGGCUCCCCUCCCAGUAGGAAAGAAUUUUCAUUACAGUAAUGGAAGGAGUGUAAUUUAGUUAGUGCUCAUUUGAAAUGAUGGCCUGCUGUGUCAGCCAUCCUAACCCCAACUCCCCCAUCACUCAACUUAUGCAUUUGGUGAAUGAUGCGGGAAAGCAAAGUGUUUAAAUGACAGUGCACAGAAAGGAGACAUUUACAAAAGCUAGCUAGAGUGUUUGCUCUAUGCAUUCUUAGUUAAUAUAGUUUAGUAUGUUCUUUUUAUUUUAAGUAAUUUUGUUGCAUGCUUGUACUGCUGUAUUUAUUACGUCUGCUUUUUGGACGUUAUUUUGUUACCAUUUAGUGUACCAUUUCCUUUGCUUUUAUCUUCUGACCAUAUCUAUUUCACAAUAUUUCUAUGUUUUGUGAUGUAGUGUGGUUGUGUGGGUGCUUUCCGCAAGACGCACCACUGUUUACUCAUAUGUUUUUUUCAGUAUUAUUUAUAUCCACAUGAGUAAUAACACUAAGGAAGAGCAGGUCCUCCGGCUGAUAUUAUAAUUGCUGUACUAGUGUUAUAGUAUUAUAAUUAGUUGUAUUUAUAAAUAACCUCACACGGCAGGUUAAGGGCAUUUUAAAAGAUGAAUGGGAAUUUGAAAAGAUGUAAUUUGGAAAUAAAAUAAUAAAAUUCUGUCCUAAAUGAUUUAGGUAUUAUAUGCACCAGAUGGGUGAAUGAAAUGCAUGUGCAAGCAAUGUGACUGGGCAACAUGCUUGUCUGUUGUUGCUCUUGCAUCUUUUGCUCAAUUACAAUUUGCCCUUCUUUGCUGGAAAGAACACCUGUGCAUGUCUUUAAUCUCAUCUCUUAUCCAAUUCUGUACUCUCAAAAUUAGACUGAAAACCCCUUGUAAUAAUUAUACAGAGUUAAACUGUAUUAGUAUAUUAAACUAUUUAAUUAUAUUUUUAUCAUUGAGAUUUGUGCUAGCAAUAAGAGGGUAUACUUGCAGUGGAGUAUAUUUAAAUUGAUAAUGUCAUUGCUAAAUGUCAUGGUUGUGAUAUUUUGAUUGAUAUAUAUCAAUAUAUAUAUGGACAAAAGCAGUAAGAACUUUUUGGGGAUGGCUUUUCAAGGUUUAUGUGCUGUUGUCAUAUCCUGUAAUUAAUGAAAAACUUAGCACUGGGUGAUUAUUAACUUUUAGAGUAAGUAUCAUCUGUGCAUCUUCAGAAUGACAAUUUUUUCAUAUUGUACUGUCACUGUUAUUCUUUUUGGUCCAGACAUUGCCCACUGUGCCGAACCUGUGUGAUGAUAGCAUUGUGCUACUACUUUGCAUGGUACUACUUCUGCCUCUUGGGCAGUGUAUCUCAAGUCCUCCAACAAAACCUCAUUAAAAAGUCUGACUUAAA